CACAAGACCCUCCUCUCCUGGGGUGGCGUGCGGGCUUGGGAGCCUGGGCUGGUUGCCCUGGCAGCAGGCCCCUCCCUGGGCCCCCCAUUGGUAGGAAGCGAUGGGGGGGGGCCUGAAACAUCCUCUUGUGUCAGUCCCAGCCAGUUCCCCCACCCAGCUCGCGCCCACUCCGCAGCUUCGAGGACAGCCGCACACUCGGCCUCUGUGACACUCGGGGGCCAAGCUGUGGUGGGGGUAGGGCCCCGGGAGUGGGGACACUGGAAUAUUCACAGGCUGGUGGCAGCAGAGGCAGCCCAGGAGGAGUGGCCCACCACAAAAAAAAAAAAAAGACCCCUUGGGAAUGAAGCCGCCUUUCAGGGCUGUAGAGGCCGGAGUCUUUCCUCCCCGCCUUAAAUAGCUGCCUCCCACCAGCCUCCCCACGAAGCCCGCAGCACCCACCGACCCCUGCCACAGGACCCCGGAGAGGCUCCCUGGGGCCCAUCUGCUUACUCCCUUCAGGUGCAUCCUCAAUCGAGCUCUGUCUCCGGCCGAAGCAUGAAUGGCCUCGAGGUGGCCUCCCCAGGUCUGACCGCCAACACUUCCCUGGCCACAGCUGAGCAAUGCGGCCAGGAGACGCCGCUGGAGAACGUCCUCUUUGCCUCCUUCUACCUCCUGGAUUUCAUCUUGGCUUUCGUUGGCAAUGCCCUGGCCUUGUGGCUUUUCAUCCGCGACCACAAGUCGGGCACACCAGCCAACGUGUUCCUGAUGCACCUGGCCGUGGCCGACUUAUCCUGUGUGCUCGUCCUGCCCACGCGCCUCGUCUACCACUUCUCUGGGAACCACUGGCCGUUCGGGGAGAUCCCCUGCCGGCUCACCGGCUUCCUCUUCUACCUCAACAUGUACGCCAGCAUCUACUUUCUCACCUGCAUCAGCGCUGACCGCUUCCUGGCCAUCGUGCACCCCGUCAAGUCUCUCAAGCUCCGCAGGCCCCUCUACGCCCACCUGGCCUGUGCCUUCCUCUGGGUGGUGGUGGCCGUGGCCAUGGCCCCACUGCUCGUGAGCCCACAGACCGUACAGACCAACCACACGGUGGUCUGCCUGCAGCUGUACCGGGAGAAGGCCUCCCACCACGCCCUGGUGUCCCUGGCCGUGGCCUUCACCUUCCCGUUUGUCACCACGGUCACCUGCUACCUGCUGAUCAUCCGAAGCCUGCGGCAGGGCCCGAGGGUGGAAAAGCGCCUGAAGAACAAGGCUGUGCGCAUGAUCGCCAUGGUGCUGGCCAUAUUCCUGGUGUGCUUCGUGCCCUACCAUGUCAACCGCUCGGUCUACGUGCUGCACUACCGCGGCCGCGGCACCUCGUGCGCCGCCCAGCGCGUGCUGGCCCUGGGCAAUCGCAUCACCUCCUGCCUCACCAGCCUCAACGGGGCGCUCGACCCGGUCAUGUACUUCUUUGUGGCCGAGAAGUUCAGAGAUGCCCUGUGCAAACUGGUCUGCGGGAAACGGCUCUCAGGCCCGCCCCCCAGCUUUGAAGGCAAAACCAACGAGAGCUCGCUGAGCGCCAGGUCGGAGCUGUGAGACCAGGGAGGGGCACCCGCGCCAGGAUGUGGUGCCACCCAGACCCACGAAGGAGAAAUCCACCUCUUCUCCAGCUCAUCCCCUGACCUUUUCCCUCCAACCAUGAGAAAAGAAACUGGAAGCUCGGGGCGUCACUGUCUUGUCCCCCCACCUCCCCGGGUGAGACCCAUCUCCCACAUCCAGCUCCAGCCGUGGCAGUUUUACCACCGUGGCAGCUUUCUGUGUACCACCGGCCAUGUGUGAAAGGCUGAAGGCCAUGGAGGCACAGACCCCUCAGAGGGAGAGCUGGUGCUUAGCUGCUGCCCCUCUGCAGACUGCACUGUCCCCCGCCCCCACUACAGCAACCAGAUACUCGGUGACUUCAUCUGCAGCAAGGCGAUGGGGGUGGGGAGGAGGUCCAAGGAUCCCUCCCCAACAAUGAGUGUCUUUCUUCCCCAAGUGCCUCCUGCUAGGCUCUCAGCCUCUUUCCCACUGGAGAGAGGCAUGGGGGUGAGGCUUGACAGAAAGAUUCCCCUGGCAGGCAGUGGCAAAUAACCCCCAGAAAAAGAGAGGGGGUGAGGGGGAGAGCUGGAUAUUUCCUAGGAAGUGCAAGAAAGGGCUUUGAGGUCCCGUUUGCCGGUGACUGGGCCAGGAGACUUGUGUAUUAAAGGGGUACAAAACCUACAUUUGAUUGCUGAGCGCUCCAAGUACAUUCCAUGCAGGUCAGCAGGUGACCUCCAGGGAAUGUGGCCCAUGAGCUCCGUGUGGGGUUCUCCACCCUCCCGCUGGAAACCCACAAGCAGAUCUGGCCUGACAAUCCCGGGAGCUUCUUCCAGGUGAUUCCAUGCAGACCUGCUUCCUCUGGAGUCUAGCUCGGGCACCCUGCAGAGGUCAUGGUCACAAAACUGGAGUUUUGUUACCAUCCAAGGACACAGAGUAGGGAGAAGGGCCUGGUGUGUGAGCCUGUCUCCCGCUAACUCCGUCCCAACAGCGGGUGUCCUGACCUCAGUACCUCCUCAGUAACCACCACCAGCCUUGGCGUCGACCAAGCUGGAAGCUCUCUCACUUUACUGGGUGGUAUGGAAGACACUAACGAUCUUGGGUGGCUGGAGAUCAGGCACUGCGGCAAGAAAGAGAGGCAUGGAAUUGAGAGGUGCUGAGAAGCCAGAGGGGAGACACAGGGAGCCCUGGGCCUGGCCGGGAGGAGGUGGCAGGGAUCCCUACUGCUCUGUGGAGUGGGGAACAGGGGAGAAGGUGGCAGUUGUGCCUGCUGUUGGCGCUGCAGAGAACUGCAUUGGGAGGGAGCUCAGUGGCAUUUUGAACCUUGGGGAUGACUGAGUCGGACGUGUAGAAAAGGAGAAGGGGGUGGCUAAAGCAGCAGGCUCUUGCUCCAGUGGGUGGCCAGGUGCCUUCCCUAAGAAAGAAGAGGGGUGUGCAACAGGACUGCCUCUAGAAUCUACUCCUGAGGCAGUAAGAGGUACCAUGGGUGUAGGACAGAUGUGGGAAAUGAGACGGAGAGCAAAGGAACUGCUGGGGGAAAAGUGACCAGUGAAUUCACAAAUGCACUGGGGCCCCCUUCAGCCAAACUACAAGGAGGGAGGUGGAAGUCUGGGGUCAGCAGCAAGGCAUGGCCAGCUUGCUGUGCGACCCCACAUGCGGCUCCAAGCUCCUCCUAAGACUGCUCUGCCUUCCUCGAGGUUGCCUUCUGUCAACUCCAGUCCUGGCCAUCAGCCUGCAUGCUCUCUCUCCAGCCUUGUGAAUUCUUAUCAAGUGUCUGUGUGGAAGGAGGGGUGCUCCCAAGUAGUGCUCAGGGGCCUGAAACAUUCCUGGUGAUAUUUGGCCAACAGGGCUGGACCCUUCAAUGGUGGACCAUAUCUGGUGGUGCUUGGCUGUCCAAUACUAUGUUGGGGAAUCAAACUCAGGUCCUUGAGCAUCAUCCCUGACCCCUUAGCUGUCUCUCAGGCCCCAUUCAGUUUCAUUUCUUUUUUUUUGUUUUUGGGUCACACCUGAUGAUGCUCAGGGGUUACUCCUGGUUCAUGUGCUCAGGAAUUACUCCUGGUGGUGCUCGGGGGACCAUAUGGGAUGCUGGGAAUUGAACCCAGGUCAGCCGUGUGCAAGGCAAACACCCUACCCACUGUCAGCUUCAUUUCUUACCAGCAGGUUUUGGUAAGACAAAAGGCCAUGGACAAGACACAGGCUCCUAAGCCCAGCUGAUGGGGACAGGGUUGAGUUCUCCUAUCCUGGACCGACCUCUCACCUGCCCGCAUUCUUCACGAAGCCCAGGUCAGCCAGCUCCGCAUCACACAGCUCACAGCGGAAGCAGCCCGGGUGCCAGUUGUUGUUCAUGGCCUUGAUGACUCGGCCGAUGAUGAACUCACCUGGAAGAGAGAGGUCUCUGCU